GAUUUCUGUACUGGAAGUAGCUCAAAUAAAACAAGGAAAAUAAGCAAAACUAGCGGAUUUAACAAAUUAAAAGUAGUUCAAAAUGACAAAUGCAGCUGAUCCAAUUGCGCACGAUGUGGAAAUGGAUGUCGAUCCAUCACCCGAGACGCUAGCGGACGAGAAGAAAAAUCAAGAUAUUGCCGCUGUUCAAGAGAUACGUGAACAAAUUCGCCAGAUUGAGAAGUCUGUUGCCUCGAAGGAGUCGCGCUUUAUUUUGCGUGUGCUGCGCAAUUUGCCCAACACACGUCGUAAGCUAGACGCUGUGGUUUUCAGAAAUCUCGCUCAAAGCAUUUAUCCAACCGGUGCCGAUCGUGAGGCGGCUAUUGCGUUGAUGCCCGUACUAGAAAAAGAUGCCACGGAAUUGCCGGAUGUAACUAAGAAGUUGGCCGCUACAAAGGCUCCCAUUGCUGAGGUGGACGCCUAUUUCUAUCUGCUGCUGCUGGUUAAGUUAAUAGACGCGAAUGAUCUAAAACGCGCUGGCACUUGCGCCGAUGCUCUGAUGGCGAAGAUCUCCAUACAGAAUCGACGCACAUUAGACUUGAUCGGCGCCAAGUCGUAUUUCUACUUCUCACGCGUGGCUGAACUAAACAAUGCACUGGAAGGCAUACGCGCAUUUCUCCACGCCCGUCUACGCACCGCCACACUGCGCAACGACUUUGAAGGCCAGGCCGUACUUAUCAAUUGUCUGCUGCGUAACUAUUUGCACUAUUCGCUAUACGAUCAGGCAGACAAGCUGGUAAAAAAAUCAGUGUAUCCAGAAUCAGCAAGCAACAAUGAGUGGGCGCGGUUCCUCUACUAUUUGGGUCGCAUUAAGGCCGCCAAGCUCGAGUAUAGCGACGCUCAUAAGCAUUUGGUGCAAGCUCUGCGAAAAUCGCCCCAGCAUGCAGCCAUUGGUUUUCGUCAAACUGUGCAAAAGCUCAUCAUUGUUGUAGAACUGUUGCUGGGCAAUAUUCCGGAGCGCGUCGUGUUCCGUCAAGCUGGGUUGCGCCAGUCCCUAGGACCCUAUUUCCAACUCACGCAGGCUGUGAGGCUGGGAAAUCUAAAACGUUUUGGCGAUGUAGUCUCCCAAUACGGACCCAAAUUUCAACUGGAUCACACAUUUACGCUUAUCAUACGUUUGCGCCACAAUGUCAUUAAGACGGCUAUACGUUCGAUUGGGCUCUCGUAUUCGCGCAUCUCACCCCAAGAUAUUGCUAAGCGUUUGAUGCUUGACUCGUCAGAGGAUGCAGAAUUCAUUGUUUCAAAGGCUAUACGUGAUGGUGUCAUUGAGGCCACUUUGGAUCCGGCACAAAAUUAUAUGCGCAGCAAGGAGAGCACAGACAUUUAUAGUACUCGCGAACCACAGUUGGCCUUUCAUGAGCGCAUCUCGUUUUGCCUGAAUCUGCACAACCAGAGCGUAAAGGCUAUGCGAUAUCCGCCUAAAUCUUAUGGUAAGGAUUUGGAGAGCGCAGAAGAGCGACGUGAACGCGAGCAGCAGGAUUUGGAGUUGGCUAAGGAGAUGGCCGAAGACGAUGAGGAUGGCUUUUAAGCGCAAUAAUAAUUAAGUAUAGCAGUGUAACACACAAUUUCAUUCAAAAUUAUUAUAGAGAAAAAUAAAAAACAAAAUAAACGCCCCAAGA